CCGGUCGGGAGCCCAUCGAUUCUUGACAUCUUUUUGUUUAGAAGUCGACCGAUUUUUAGCCACGAAGCGGAGCAGCCGGUGUUUUUCCUCAAUAUGACGUCACGCGUUGGCCACAAAGCUGCUGCCACCAAUGGAAGUGAUUUGAAAUUCAAAGAGAAGGUAACUUCACACUACCAGAUGAGCACUUCCUUGAAGUCGGAGGUGCGUCGCUUGAACGUGAUCCACCUCCUGGUUUGGUUGCUGGUGGCCGCCCAAGUGGCCGUGAGUCACCUCAAGCUGCUGUCGCACGACACCGUCGCCAUGCCUUACCAGUGGGAGUACCCCUACCUACUCAGCCUGGUCCCCCUGCUGUGCAGCAGCCUGUCGCUGCCCAAGAACAACAUCAGCUACCUGGUCUUGUCCAUGAUCAGCGCCGGACUCUUCUCGGUGGCGCCGCUCAUCUACGGCGGCAUGGAGAUGUUCCCCUUGGCGCAGCAGCUGUAUCGCCACGGCAAAGCGUACCGCUUCAUCUUUGGCUUCUCGGCGGUGACUGUGAUGUAUCUGCUCAUGCUGGUGGCCGUGCAAGUGCACGCGUGGCAGCUGUACUACAUGAAGAAGCUGCUAGACUCGUGGUUCAACGCCACGCAAGAGAAGAAGAAGAAAUGAUUGUUAAAAAAAAAUCUGUAUACUUUGUUUGUAUUUAUGCAUCAUUUUACUGGAAUCACAUUAUUGUUUUAUUCUGCUAAUAUUUCA